GUCACUUUGUGAUGUACUUUAACCUACCGUCUCCUCCGAGCCCUCACUCUGGUGGCAGAGUGCACCGCUGAAACUUCUUGAGCCGACUCUUCCCCCACACGACUCCCAGUUCACCAUGUCCAGGAAAGUUGUGAGAGCCAGUAAGUUCCGUCACGUCUUCGGGCAGGCCGUGAAGGCCGACCAGUGUUACGAUGACAUCCGGAUCUCCACGAUGACCUGGGACAGCAACUUCUGCUCCGUGAACCCUAAGUUUGUUUCCAUGAUUGUGGACGCGAGCGGUGGGGGAGCCUUCAUGGUGCUGCCCCUCAACAAGACGGGACGUAUCGACAUGUCCUACCCCACCGUCUGUGGCCACACAGGUCCGGUUCUGGACAUCGAGUUCUGUCCUCACAAUGACAACAUCAUUGCCAGUGGAUCUGAGGACUGCAGUGUCAUGAUUUGGGAGAUCCCAGACGGUGGGCUGACCUCACCGCUUACAGAGCCUGUUGUCAAACUGGACGGCCACUCUAAGCGUGUCGGCAUCCUGAACUGGCACCCCACCGCCCACAACGUGCUGCUGAGUGCAGGUUCUGACAACGUGAUAAUCCUGUGGAACGUGGCCCAGGGAGGGGCAGUCGUGAGGAUCGACGACGUGCACCCUGACCUCAUCUACAGCGCCUGCUGGAACAGCGACGGCUCCAGGAUCCUCACCUCCUGCAAAGACAAGAAGCUAAGAGUGCUGGAACCACGGGAAGGCACCGUGCUCUUUGAGAAGGAGAAACCUCACGAAGGCUCCAGGCCUGUGAGAGCCGUGUUCGUGUCCGACGGGAAGAUCCUGAGCACCGGCUUCAGUCGCAUGAGCGAGCGGCAGGUGGCGCUGUGGGAUCCGACCAACUUUGGGGAGGCGCUGACCCUGCAGGAGCUGGACACAAGCAGCGGCGUCCUCCUGCCGUUUUUUGACCCAGACACUGGAAUCGUCUACCUCUGUGGCAAGGGAGACAGCAGUAUCCGUUACUUCGAAGUGACAGAUGAGGCUCCUUACGUCCACUACCUGUCCAUGUACAGCAGCAAGGAGAGCCAGAAGGGGAUGGGAUACAUGCCCAAGAGAGGCCUGGAGGUCAACAAGUGCGAAAUCGCAAGGUUCUACAAACUCCAUGAGAGGAAAUGUGAACCUAUAGUGAUGACAGUACCACGCAAGUCGGAUCUGUUCCAGGAAGACCUGUACCCAGACACCAUCGGCCCUGAGCCCUCGGUUGAAGCUGACGAGUGGUUUGCUGGGAAAGACGCUCCGCCCAUUCUGAUCUCCCUAAAGGAUGGGUUUGUAGCCACCACCAAGGCCAAGGAAUUCAAAGUCCACAAGAGCCUCCUGAAGACCACGACUGCUUCUGCAGGGAGCCAACCAGAGAGCAGCGGGGAGGUCCAUUCUCUAAGGAAGGAGGUGCAGGACCUGAAAGCAGCUUUACAGGAGCUGACCAAGCGUGUGAGAGAGCUGGAGACCAAAGAUUAAAGGAUAGCAAUUCUGAAAAUUUAGAGAAGGAAAAACAUAAACAAGAAUAAAAAGUAAAUAGUUAAAAAAUUGAGCCAAAAAAGACAAGAACAAAUGUGGUGUUAACCUUUGGUUGUGAAUUAAAGGGGAAGAUUAAAACAGCAGAUGUUAUAAAAUGUUGUUUUAGCCUGAAGCUUGAAUUUGUUUUGUUUUCUGUCUGUGGAAACAAUUUUUGAUUUAUAUUUUAAUAUAUGUGUUUAAAAAUAAAUGUUUUCUGUAUUUUCCAGUG